UUUGACAACAUGAAUCGGAUUAUAUCUCCAGAGUAUGUUCCGACUGAAACGGACGUACUGCGCGUUCGACUGCGGACCACGGGCAUCAUCGAAACCCAGUUCAAAGUGAACCGCCUCGUCUUCAGGAUGUAUGACGUUGGAGGUCAGAGGACAGAACGGAGGAAGUGGAUUGGCUGCUUCGAGGAAGUGAGGGCAGUACUCUUCGUGGUCGCGCUGAGCGGGUAUGACAUGACCCUCAUAGAAGACCCUGCAAUGAAUCGUCUUCAAGAAAGCUUGAAGCUGUUUGCCUCUAUCUGCAACAAUGUUUUUUUCAGAAAUACCUCGAUGAUUUUGUUUCUGAACAAAAUUGAUCUUUUUCAAGAGAAGAUCUUGCACUCAGAGAGACACUUGAGGCUGUACCUGCCGGAGUACAGAGGUGCAGACUGCGAUGUGGACGCGGCCGCUCGAUACAUCAGCAGCAAGUUCCUGUCACUCAAUAAAACCCCCAGCAAACUCGUUUACCAUCACUUCACCACGGCAACCGACACCUCCAACGUGCAAAUUGUCUUCCAGGUCGUUAUGGAUACCAUCAUAAAGGAAAACCUGGAAGCUGUCUCUCUGCUUUGAGGAGCUCUUGUACUGGACUAAAAACAAAGGCUUCUAGAGAGUUGGACUGGAAAGGGUUCUGUGAGCCGUACCAUUUUGAUAUUGAGGUUAAAGGAACCGGCUCCUGUAAAAGACUGGUCAGAGCUGAAUGUGGGCUGCAUUCUUAGAAGGAUCCUGUCAAGCAAACCCCUACACUAUAA